GGAUACAAACAACAAUUGACUCUGGUUCAUGCCUUGCCCAGCAUGUCCAAGUCUCCGAAACGAAAGGGAAAGGCAGACUCGAUGGCUGAGCCGCCUAAGAAGAAAAUUAAACCCUCCAAACCCGUCACGGCCGACAAUGCGGGUAGAACCGUGGUUCGUCACAACGCACUCAAAUGGAAGACGGUACCACUUCCAUCACGCAUGGAAGAUGCUGAGGGUUUCUAUGGACUAGAGGAAAUCGAUGAUGUGGAAGUUGUCCGGGCAGAAGAUGGCCGUCAGGUCAUGUUCCAACCAAAGUCGGACGCACUAGUUGACGGCGACGAAGCUGCCCAAGAUUCCGUCAACAGCGACUGGUCUGGGUUCGACGAUGAUGAUGCGCCAAAGAAUCAGUCGACCAAGAAAUCCAAAGGCCUCAAUUUGACGGCAACAUUAGAUGAAAAAGAUUCAAAGCCAAAAGUCGAAAAGACCAAGUCACUCAAAUCAACCACUACUGUGGAAGUCGAUGCUGAUGUACAUUUCCAACAUUUGCCCCCGCGAGUCGAUGAGCCUAGAUGCGAUGUUUCUGCAUGGAACGAUCUUGAUUUAACUCCGACAACCCUUUCACAGUUGUCCCUGCUGGGGUUCUCAAAACCGACGCCGAUCCAGGCAGCGGCAAUCCCCGCUAUCAAACAAGGCCACGAUGUGAUAGGCAAAGCUGUGACUGGGUCCGGGAAAACUCUUGCCUUUGGGAUCCCGAUAUUUGAGCAGUGGCUGCUCGGUGAUCAACCCGAAUUCAAAGGUCCUGCAAAAGUCAAACCACCAAUCCUGGCCUUGAUUCUCGCGCCAACCCGCGAACUGGCUCUUCAACUGAACAAGCACCUGACUCAGCUAUGCCUCGACCUGGACAAUCAUCCCAACAUCACUGCUGUUACCGGUGGCCUGUCUAUCUACAAACAGCAAAGACUACUCGAGAGCGCAGAGAUCGUGGUUGCUACUUCUGGUCGGUUAUGGGAAGUUCUCAACGACAGUUCUUCCAAAUUCGAUACGGAUGAACUCCUCAACCGAUUCAAGCAAAUACAGUUUUUGGUCGUCGAUGAAGCCGAUCGAUUACUCAGCGAGGGGCACUUCAAGGAGGUAGAGGAUAUUCUCGAUACACUGGAUCGAGAGGUUGUGGACGAGGAGAAUGAUGACCAAGAGCGGCCUACGGUUUCGUCAAAACCAGAUCGCCAGACACUCGUCUUCUCCGCAACAUUCCACAAGGAGUUGCAGCAGAAAUUGGCUGGCAAGCGAAAGCCUGGUAACCAUGUCAAGACCGAGCUUAUGGACAAUCACAAAUCAAUGGAAUAUCUUCUCAAGAAGCUCUCGUUCCGCGAAACCAAACCGACAUUCAUCGACGUCAACCCCACCUCGCAAAUGGCUCAAGCUCUCAACGAAUCGAUCGUGGAGUGUGCCGCGAUGAAGAAAGAUCUUCAUCUCUACUUACUCUUGAUGCAAAAUACGCAGUCAAAGACCUUGGUCUUUACCAACAGCAUAUCCGCUGUCAAACGAAUAACUCAGCUUUUACAGCAACUCAACCAGCCUGCCGUGGCCUUGCACUCGACCAUGCCCCAGAAAUCACGUCUCCGUUCUCUAGAGAAGUUCUCCUCUCAAAGAAUGAUCCUCGUGGCCACGGACGUUGCAGCUCGAGGACUCGACAUCAAGGGCGUGGAUCUCGUGAUCCAUUAUCACGUCCCCCGCACCGCAGAUAUGUAUGUCCACCGGGCGGGACGUACCGCUCGAGCCGAGCAAUCUGGACGAUCAAUCCUCAUCUGCUCGCCAGAUGAAGUCGUUGGGGUAACACGACUUGUGGCCGAAGUGCACAAAUCAGAUAAAGCCCCAGAAACUAUGGAAGUCAACCGGAGGGUCCUGGACCGGUUAGAACAACGUGUGGUUCUCGCACAGAAGAUCACCGAGACCAAUAUCGCGCGCGAGAAGACUGCCAGCAAGGACGACUGGCUCAAGACGGCGGCAGAUGAGUUGGGCGUCGACUACGAUAGCGACGAGUUUGAGAGCCAAGGUCACAAAGGCCGCAGAGGGCGAGGAGGAGGGAAAGCCAAGAAGGAGAAGGAGAGCGGCGCGGUCGCAAAGGAAAAGGUGCAACAAUGGCGUGCUGAGCUGCAGAGUCUCUUGAGUAAAAGAGUCAAUUUAGGCGUCAGUGAGAGAUAUUUGGCGGGUGGUGCGGUCGACGUCGAGGCACUGCUCAAUGGGAAAAUGGACGGUGCAUUUCUGGAGGGCAGGUAACACAUAAUGGCACGGGGCUUGAUAGGCUAGAAGUUUCGAACUCAUGAGACCAGCCCAAAACAGAGCGGACUACGAGCCCAAGUACCUCGGUCACGAGCACCUUCAUACGUUAUAUUGUUAUUAUUGUCUCAUCUGCCGAGACCGAGGCCAAUCGUCUAGCGUUAAGAUCAUUCGUCCGGACGGCGGAAUCCUCACACCACAUUGCUUGGCGGACUUGGUAUUUCAGGUGGCCACCAUUGACGUGUAAGGGACUGGGGUAAGUAUUUAGGUAUGAGUAGGUGUAGGUAGAAUACCCCGGAAUUAUCCUU